AUGGUUGCUCCUUUUGCACUCAUCUUCAUGACCCAGUGGAUGUUGCUGAUCACCCAGCUGUGUGUUGGUUGGCACUGCACAGAGUGCAUGAAUGGGUCAGCCAUUGAAAACUUUUCCUGUGUGAUUUAUAACACUUCCUUCAUGAACUGCACUUGGCAAGCAGGCAGGGAUGCUCCAGCAGAUACCCAGUAUUUUCUCUACUGGCAGAACUCAAGAGCUGACAAUGUAACGGAAUGUGAGCUUUACAUUAAAGAUGAAAAUGGCAGAAACACAGGAUGUAGAUUCCGAAACGUGAGCAUAGAGAUUGAAAAAGCUUACUUCGUGGUGAAUGGGUCUAGCAAAGACUCCCUAAUCCAGUUCUAUGAUGAGUACCUUCAACUGUAUACAAUUGAAAAGCUCAUGCCUCCAUCAGAUAUCACUGUCGACUGUGAUGAAAUUAAAAAUGAUUGCAUAAUUCAAUGGCAACGACCACAAAUAAGUCAUUCUAACAUAGACAAGUGUUUUAGAUAUGAAAUCAACAUGAAAUAUAAGGAUGAUCCUGAAGGAAACCCCAAAUAUAGAAGUAUACAAGAAGGAGGGAAUAGUCACACAUUUCAAAGAUCCAGUAUGAGAAACAAGUACCUCUUGAAAAUGAGAGCAGCUGGCAGUGCCUGCCUGGUGAGCUCAGCCUGGGGAGAAUGGAGUGCACCUGUUGAGUUUGGAAAUAAAGAAAUUAUGUCUUCCUCACUAUGGAUUUUACUUGUGGUAGCAUUUGCAAUACUCUUAGCGGUGACUGUCUUGAUUUUGUUCUGCAAAAGAACUAAAUUUUGGAAAGCAAUAUUUCCGCAAAUCCCAGAGCCUAAAAAUGCAUUUUGUGAGCUGAGUAAUACAAAUCCUGAGCUUUUAGAGAGAAAAAACCAGUCAAUAACAUCUGAAAAAGAAGAGAUAAUACUAGUUGCUGAUAUACUGAAGUAA